CAAUUUAAAGGCCUGAGUAGCAAUCACCACACCUUAGUGGGUUUUAGGACGAGUUGGGAUCGGUGCCUAGUGGAGGUUUACGGGUAGGCCUUUACAAUGGUGCAGCUCUCACAAUCCAGUCCCACUGGUGACAGCCAGGUGAUGCGAGAUAUCAAGAGUCAGUCUGAGCAUGGCCUCAGCUCCCUGCAGUCCUCACUGUCGCCUACUGCAACAACUCUGCAGGUUUAUGAGACUUAUCUAGAGAACGGCUAUGUCAGCCUGAAGCACAAAAUCCGCAACAUUGAGAAAAAGAAGGUUAAAUUGGAAGAUUACAGAGAUCGUUUAAGAAAUGGGGAGGAGCUGAAUCAGGAUCAGCUGGAAGCAGUGCAGAAAUAUGAAGAGGUGCUUCACAACUUGGAAUUUGCUAAGGAGCUCCAAAAGACCUUUUCUGCUCUCAACCAAGAUCUGAUUAAAGCCCAGAAGAAAUCGCUGAGGCGAGAGCAAGUUCAAAGGCUUGAAGCAGAAAAGAGGCGGCUGCAUAAAGUCCUGCAGGUCCAGUACUUGCUACAGUCUUUCGCUCAGGAUCACAUCCAGGGGGACUUUAAGAAUGGACUCAAUGGAGCCAUGCACCUCUCCUCCAAAGAACAGGAUUAUCUUGCCAAGUUUGCAAAGCUGAUCUGCCACAAGAGGUUCAAACACAUGAGUCUAGAAGAUGAGAUGGAUCAGUCAGCUGGCUACUUCUGGAACCUGCUAGAGGGCAAUGAGAAAACAGUGGCUGGAACCAACUAUAAACAUUUGAAAGACCUCGUUGCCAGAAUGUUGGAUUGUGGCUACUUUGAAGAUGUCCCUAAUCCUCCUCCAGAGAAGAAGCCAGAGGUUUUACCUGAGAAGCCACCGAAAACUGAGAUUCACAAAACAACAAAGUUAGUUGAGCUAGUGAGAGCGCAAGAGUCAAUUGUGGAGUGUGUGAAACCUGACCGUGACCGUCAAGAGCUUUCUAUUAGGCAUAUUGUGCUGAGACCUAAUCAAAUGAAGACCACAGAAGUGCAGAAAAUACAGGAUGUCAAAUGCAUAAAGCCAGAACCCAUAAAAGCUUGGCCAGCAGCUACAAUGGUAAAACUGCCAGAGCCAAAGAGGUGGCAGACCCCUCCUUCGCUGACUCCACUCACCAAACCCUGGCAGGGGCCUGUGAGCACCCCUCAACCUGAAGCUCUGCCUUUGAAGAUAUGUGAACCAGAACCACCAAAGGAGAGGCGUGAAAGGGCACAAAAACAGAUGUCUGACCUCAAACCUGCCAUUCAGGUUAAGGAAGCGACGCUCCCUGCUGUAGUAAAUGGACAUAUUCCAGUGAAAAAGAGGGAUGUCCCAGCACCCAUUUGUGUUGGCCAUCAAUCUCCAACUGUAGGCAAUUCACAGGUCCCCCGGGUACUCUCCCAGCCAGCUGCAGAAUUCUGCUCCUCACCAACUCUGCCUAAAGAUCCAGAGCUCAGAAAACAAAAGAUUAAUGACCUUAUUGAUGAAAUAAAAGGCACUUAUAAUUUCAUGCAGGACUCCAUGUUGGAUUCUGAGUUUCCGCCAAAGUGUUCUCCUCAACAGCUGCCAAAGGUUUCUCCUCAACAGCUGCCAAAGGUUUCUCCUCAACAGCUGCCAAAGGUUUCUCCUCAACAGCUGCCAAAGGUUUCUCCUCAACAGCUGCCAAAGGUUUCUCCUCAACAGCUGCCAAAGGUUUCUCCUCAACAGCUGCCAAAGGUUUCUCCUCAACAGCUGCCAAAGGUUUCUCCUCAACAGCUGCCACCAGCGUCUCCUCUUAAAGUCCUAAUUGAGGCUGCACCAAUUCAAAAGGACCCCAUUAAACCUCAGGAGCUCUCCCCAGUGCCAGCUUCAGAAGAGAUGGAGCGUGACACAGCCUGUCCUGUUACACCUGAACGUCCUGCCCUACCUUCUGACCAUCCAUCAACCGUCAGGUCUCCUGUAAAUCUUCCAGCUUCUCCAGUUCAUGAGUUGGAAGCAAUCCCUGCAGAGCACAUGUAUGUGACCAGUCCUCGUCUGAUGGAUCCACCACUGGAAAGGAAUCUGACUCCAGUGAAUCUGCCAAGCAGCCGGAUCCAAUCUCCAAAGACUCCAACCAACAUAUCAAUCUUGCAGCUGCAACAGGAGGAAACUGCCUUAUCCAGGAGCCCACCAAUGUCUCCUCACACCUCCCCAUUUCAGAGCAUGCCAGCUGUAAGUUCAAGGGUGUUUAAAGUCAAUGCUCCUCUGCGAAAAGAGAUGGAAGUUAAGGAGGACCCACCUUAUCCUGUAGAAUACCAACAAACUUUCAGCACAGCCAGUACCCAGACCCUUCCUCAUGGGCUGUUGGACAUGAAUGGGACGGAUCCACGCUCACUCAUGCAGGAGCACUUACCUGGUCCUUAUUCAUCUGGGGCGUCUCCUGUAAACAGUGGAAAUCUGCCUUGUUACACAUCUACCCCCAACAUCCUACCCAGACUUUCCCAGCCAUGCAUGACCAGAGGUGGAACAAUCAGGGGGACCAGCCGUGGAGGGCGUAUCCUGACCAAUGGCUAUCGCUGCCAGACCACCUUCAAAGGUCCAGAAACCUUUAGAGGAGCCCAAUGUGUCCCUAAUGGAAUGUAUGGACAUGGCCCAUGCCCCGGGAGAGACUUUCCAGUUACUCAGGUCAUAUCUCGGGAGGCAAAUGCCCAUCUGUGUCACAAGCGAAGUGUCACUCCUAGUACACGCUCUACUGCAAGAAACUGGAACGACUCUCAGCUUGGCAGUCCAGAGCACGAGGAAAGUUUCAACAGUACGGACUCUGGUCAAGGAGAUUCUCGCAGUAUGACAUCGGUUGACAUGUCCAUGAACAACCAAGCCACCAUCCUUCCUGUUCAUGUUUACCCCCUCCCCCAACAAAUGAGGGUUGCCUUCUCUGCUGCCAGAACCUCAAACUUUGCUCCAGGUACUUUGGAUCAGUCGAUUACCUUUGACCUCUUGCUCAACAACCUAGGAGACACCUUUGAUUUUCAGAUGGGCCGUUUUAUGUGUCCUGUUAAUGGCACAUAUGUCUUCAUCUUUCAUAUGCUAAAGCUUGCUGUCAAUGUUCCACUGUAUGUUAACCUGAUGAAGAACGAAGAGGUAAUGGUUUCAGCCUAUGCCAAUGAUGGUGCUCCUGACCACGAAACGGCCAGCAACCAUGCGGUCCUACAACUCUUCCAAGGUGACCAGAUAUGGUUACGUUUACACAGAGGAGCAAUUUAUGGUAGUAGCUGGAAGUACUCCACUUUUUCUGGGUAUUUACUGUACCAGGAUUGAUCAGCCAAAUUUUUGGAGCUGGGGCCAGUACAUGAGCAACUUAAGUAAUGGUGAAUGGUUCCUUGUUUACCUAUGCAGUUGUGUAAUUUGGAACUAUAGGCCCAUCAAAGUACUGGAUAGGCCAUGCAAAGUUUCCAUGGUCUAAAGCUGGCCAUACAUUCUACAAUUUUCUUCAAUUUACUUUAGGUUUACCUUCAGCUAUGUAGUGUAAGGGCUUGCCUUGAUUGCUUACAAAUUGAAAGUGUUUAGAUGUACCAAAACCAUGUAAUAUGUCAAACCUAAAGAAAUAUUGUAUAAUGUAUGGCCAGCUUUAGGUGUUCACAACACCAUGAAAAUGUUAUUUGGUCUAAACUUGGAUGCACAAAUGUAGUCAUCCCAUAAUGCUUUGGUGAAAAGUGUGGUUUUUGUCACUUAAAUAAGGAUUCUGGUGUGUAGCAAGGUUUACUGGUGUUUGUAUGGAGUGGAACUGCUUUAAAUAAACACUGGUUGCAAUA